AUGUCGACCACCACCACUGCCUCGGGCACUAAGAGGGCUCCUCUCUCCGACAACCCCAAUGCCGCCAACUCGCCGCUGCGUGGGUCCUCGGCUACCGCCUUGGCACUACAGGGCUCUAAAAAGGCCGCCGUCCGCUCCCAUGCCGAUCAGCUUAGAGAGGAGCCAUACGGUCAACCACCGCCGGCCAAGAGACAGAUGAUUGAACAUGGCGGUCAACGCGCCGCCGCCUCGCCGACGAGCUCCCGCACCACCCGUGCCGAGAGGUUGUAUGCCGCCUCCACCACCACCACCACCACUACCGCCUCCACCACGACGACCGACCGCAUCACCGCAAAGGAACUUGAAGACCUCAGUAUAUGGCAAACCUCUAUGAGAUCUCGCUUUCACAAGAUGGUCUUCUACUUUGAGAGCAUUCCUGACGAGCAACGUCACAAGCUCGCUAAACAAGUCGCUCAAUUGGGCGCUCGCGAGGAAAAGUUCUUUUCCAUCGAAAUCACCCAUGUCGUCACCACCCGUCCUAUUCCCCCUGUAAAGCCAGUCCAGGACGAGAACCAGCCCGUUACCAACACGCAAUCGACAAGUGAACAGCCAAAGACAAUCGAUCCCUCUCUCCUGAACCGCAAUGGCGACUCGGUCCGACGCAAACUCAUUUUCGACAAGCCCUCACUCCGGAAAUCCUCUGUGCAGCCCCAGGAAGAGACGAUGCCGAAGCCGAAAGCACGCAGCACUGACAUCCUGCACCGUGCGCGGGACAUGGGCAAGAAGAUCUGGUCGCUUGACAAACUCCAGAGGAUUCUCGGCAUGGUCCUUGAAACGGACUUGUACAAGGCUGCAUUGUUGGGCCGAGGCCACACACCAGCAGCCGCUGACAGGGCCAAGGCUCGCCAGCAGACUGCGAAUGUACUCCAAAUGCUCCAGAAUGAGCGUGUCCACGGCCCCUCCGAUCGUGAUCCCACUGUUGUUACCAAGGACAUCCACUACUUCAAGGGCCCCUACAUCUACGUGUACGAUAUCGAGGAGAAGACGAGGCCGAUCAUGGUGAGGGAGUACCACAGAGUUGCCGACAAGAAGGACGGCGAAUGGCCUCAGUUUCGUGUAGCAUCUCAAGGCCGUUGCCCAUUCGUUGAGGAUUAUGAUCCCCCUGAAAGGACGAGGCGGGAAAAGACCCAGGCCAAGGAGAAAGUUGUCAAAGCUGCAGAUGCCGCCGCCGCCGCUACCGAGAAGGCUACCAAGACCCUCCAGCCCCCCGAGGUACCAUCACCCAAGCCGGUUACGGGAAAGCGUACUCUUAAGGAGAUGGAAGCACCCAACGACCGUGCAACCGAAGUAGUUGAUGAUGCCCCCGAAACCGUCGAGUCAGCCAAGGAGUCCACUCCUUCAGUCGAUUUCCGUUCGCAGAAUGCCUUUAUGAGCCAUACCACCAAAGUUGGCCGUUUGGUAGCCGGAGAGCCCGUCGCUUCUGGCAUCCAGGCCAACAAGCUCACAUCCGCCAUUCGCUCUCAGAUGGUGUCGUCCACCACCGGUGUCCUUGGCGCCAAGGCCGGUAUCAGCAAGGAAGUUUUGGGUCUUCAGCGCAAGGUUCUUCAGAAGGCUGGUGGUCCUUCCCUUUCGCAAGACUCUGGUGUUCGUCGCUUGGCCGAGAUUGGUGUGGAUGCCGCCCAGUGCACUCGUGCCGCCAGCUUGGGUAAUCCAGCCAAACCCCCGAUGCCUGGUAUCUGGGAGGAUGAUGAAGCUCGGAAGCAGGAGCAGGCCAAGAAGGAGAGGAAAUUGCGCAGGACCGCGAGCACGCCCGUUCCCCAGACAAAGCCGAAGCCACGCGAUCCCAAGCCGGGUUACUGCGAAAACUGUCAAGAUAAGUUCGAGGACUUUGAUGCGCAUAUUGUAUCCCGCAAGCAUCGCCGCUUCGCCGAGAACGACGACAACUGGGCCCAGCUCGACGCUCUCCUUGGCAAGCUCUCGCGCGCUCCUCGCGAGCCGCGUUAUCGGUCCGUGGGUGAUGAGAGGUGGCAGUAAACUACUGCCAUGUUGCCGCACAUGAAACCUACCCAUGGCUCCUGACGACUAGCUGUACUUGCUUUCCCUUCUUGUUUUCUUCAUCUCCCCUUUUAACCUGUUUCUCUUUAGUCAGUCGGGAGUCACGUGGCGGUGUCAUGUGUCGUUUAUUGUUGGAGAGGUUUCCUUUUCUUUUUCCUUUUUUUCUUCAAUUGUCCCAACGCACAAGUUCG